AUUCUUCAAGGAUUAUACAUUAUUCCGCUCCUUGUUAAUCGUAUCGAAUUCGAUCCUUAAUUUUCCACCGCCUUUCCUUCUUCCGAACAAAUUCCGAUGGCACCGAAGGCAGAUAAGAAGCCCGCCGAGAAGAAGCCGGCCUCCGACAAGCCGGCCGAGGAGAAGAAAACCGUUGCAGAGAAAGCCCCAGCGGAGAAGAAGCCCAAGGCCGGUAAGAAGCUUCCAAAGGAAGGCGGCGCUGCUGCCGGAGACAAGAAGAAGAAGAGGAUGAAGAAGAGUGUAGAGACGUACAAGAUCUACAUCUUCAAGGUGCUGAAGCAAGUUCAUCCAGACAUCGGAAUUUCCAGCAAGGCCAUGGGAAUCAUGAAUAGUUUCAUCAACGAUAUCUUUGAGAAACUCGCCCAAGAGUCAUCUAAAUUGGCUCGCUACAACAAGAAGCCCACCAUCACUUCACGGGAGAUCCAAACGGCCGUCAGGCUUGUUCUUCCCGGUGAGUUGGCCAAGCACGCUGUAUCUGAAGGCACAAAGGCGGUGACUAAGUUCACAAGUUCUUAAAGCUUUAUUUAGUGUCGAUUGAAAUCCUAUAGGUGGUUUUAGAUGAAAUAAAUUAGGCUUAGUAUCUUUAUUUUUAAUUAUUACGGUGUAUUUGUGUUUUAAUAUCUUUUGGAUUUGUGAAUUUCUUUUCACAUAUAUAGAUGCUUUUGUAAAUGCUUCUUUCGAUGUGCUGGUAAUUGAAGUGAUUUUGUUCAUCAA